AAAAUGAUAAAGAAGAGGUAGAGUAGGAAGAACAAACAAGAAAUGGCCAUGGCAUACUCUUCCUCAUCUUUCUCUUCAUCAUUUCCAUUAAUAAAACCGCCACCUUCAAAUACCAUGACUAAACUUGGACUGCUGCCUGCAGGUGGCAGUGGUAAGUUAAGUUUCUCCAUUUCUGUGAAAUCAUCUGACUCUGCUGAUCCCUCACCUUCUCCUCCUCCUCCUGCUGCCACUACAACUACUACUACUACUACAGAAGCCCCUGCUGCUUCAAAACCACCCAAGAAGCCUGUUUUUUCCAUGAAAAAGGGCCAAAUUGUUAGAGUGGACAAGGAAAAGUAUCUAAACAGUGUCAAUUAUCUAUCUGUUGGGCAUCCACCUUACUAUAAAGGCUUGGACUACAUAUAUGAAGAUCGUGGAGAGGUGUUGGAUAUCCGUAUCUUUGAAACAGGAGAGUAUGCACUUAUUGCAUGGAUUGGGGUCCCAACCGCACCAGCUUGGCUUCCAACAGACAUGCUUAUCAAGUCAGACAAGCUCAACUAUGAAAGAAUAUGAAUCAGAAUCAAGUUACUACUUCAAGCAACAAGCAUCAAUUGGAUGUAUUCUACUAUGUACUCUGUAAAUUGUAGUCAACUCCUGAUAUCUCACCAUAUUCAUCGGCCCAUGAAUUUGAGAAAAAAACUUGCAUUUAAUGUAAUCUGACUUUUUGUCGGACCUUAGUUUUGGCACAUUUUCUGUAAUUCAAUAAAUGUAGCAAAAAAGUGGUUUAGGCACUGAUGCAUACUUGAUACUUCUAUACAACUUUCUUUUGUUUUCCCAA